UCCAUCAUGGCUGCCUACAAACUUGUGCUGAUCCGCCACGGAGAGAGCACCUGGAACCAGGAGAACCGGUUCAGCGGCUGGUUCGAUGCCGACCUGAGCGAGACCGGGGAGAAGGAGGCGAGGAGAGGUGGCCAGGCCCUGAAAGAUGCUGGCUUUGAGUUUGAUAUUUGCUACACUUCCGUGCUGAAGCGGGCCAUCAGGACCCUGUGGCUGGUCCUGGACGGCAUUGACCAGAUGUGGCUGCCGGUGCACAGGACCUGGCGGCUCAACGAGCGCCACUACGGAGGCCUGACGGGUCUGAACAAGGCAGAGACCGCUGCCAAGCACGGAGACGCUCAGGUGAAGAUCUGGAGACGCUCCUUCGAUAUUCCUCCUCCAGUCAUGGGCCCAGACCAUGACUACUACCCUAUCAUCAGCAAGGAUCAUCGCUAUGCAGACCUGACUGACGAGCAGCUUCCGUCCUGCGAGAGCCUGAAGGACACCAUCGCACGGGCGCUGCCAUUCUGGAACAACGAGAUCGCCCCUCAGAUCAAACAGGGCAAGAGGGUGCUCAUCGCCGCCCAUGGAAACAGCCUCAGGGGGAUUGUUAAGCAUCUGGAGGGAAUGUCAGAUGAGGCCAUCAUGGAACUGAACCUGCCCACUGGCAUCCCCAUCCUCUACGAGCUCGACAAAAACCUGAAACCUGUGAAGCCGAUGCAGUUCCUGGGAGACGAGGAGACCGUACGUAAGGCCAUGGAGGCCGUGGCUGCUCAGGGGAAGGCCAAGAAGUAAA